UCUAAAAGAUCUUCAAAUUUGUAACAUAUAAUAUUAGGAAAAAAUAAGUCAAACCAUGCACUAAUACCCUUCUUCUUCCUCCCUUCCUUAGAUGAGUAUUUUCUCCAUUGCAUUCUUAAGCACAGUAAUUUAUUCUCUAAGUAUAAUGGAAUCAAUUGCAAUGAUUUGGCUUGUAAUAUUUGCACUAAGUGUGUCUUUUCCUGAUUUCAUGGUAUCAUGUUCUCAGACAGAAAAUUACCUUAGUGGCAAAGAAUAUCCAAACUCAGUUUCAUUUCCAAGCACUUUCUUGUUUGGAACAGCCUCUUCUAGUUACCAGUUUGAAGGAGCUUUCCUUAGUGAUGGAAAAGGCCUUAACAAUUGGGAUGUUUUUACUCAUGAAGUUGGGCACAUAGCAGAUGGAAGUAAUGGAGAUAUUGCUCUCGACCAUUACAACCGAUAUCGGGAGGAUAUCAAGCUCAUGGAAGAUAUGGGAGUGGAUAGCUUUCGUUUCUCUAUUUCAUGGGCAAGAAUUCUGCCUAAUGGGAUGUAUGGAGAUAUCAAUAUAGCUGGAAUUCAGCAUUACAGUAAGCUGAUUAAUGCACUCAUACAGAAAGGUAUCGAACCAUUUGUCACGUUAACACAUUAUGAUAUACCUCAAGAACUUGAAGACAGAUAUGGAGGUUGGCUAAGUCCGAAAAUACAGAGUGAUUUCAGCUAUUAUGCAGACAUAUGUUUUAAAUAUUUUGGAGACAGAGUUAAAUACUGGGUGACUAUGAAUGAGCCAAAUGUGAUGGCCGUUCGCGGCUACAGAUUGGGGACUUUCCCUCCAGCUCGAUGCUCUCGUUCAUUUGGUAAUUGCAGCGCUGGGAAUUCGGAAAAGGAGCCGUUCAUUGCUGCCCACAAUAUGAUCCUAUCCCACGCCGCGGCUGCCAGCAUUUACAGAACCAAAUAUCAGGAAAGACAAGGAGGUAUGAUUGGAAUUUCUUUAAAUACUCAAUGGUAUGAACCUUUUAGCAAUUCAUCAGAAGACAAAUAUGCAGCUCAGAGAGCUCGAUCUUUCGUUUACAACUGGUUUUUAGACCCUAUUAUAUUUGGAAGAUAUCCUGAAGAAAUGCAACAAAUUCUUGGAAAUAACCUGCCUGUUUUUUCAAGCAAUGAUUUGAAAAAACUGAAUAAUGGCCUGGAUUUCAUUGGCAUCAAUCAUUACACUGCUGCUUAUAUAAAAGAUUGCUUGUACUCCGCCUGUGAACACGGAACCUCUUGGUCGGAGGGUUCCUAUUUUCGUACUACAGAAAAAGAUGGUGUGUACAUUGGACAACCUACUACAAUGGACUGGCUUUUUGUUUACCCUCAAGGGAUGGAAAAGCUUGUGAUGUACAUGAAGGACAGAUUCAAUAACACUCCAAUCAUUAUCACUGAAAAUGGCAUUGCUGAGAGUGACAAUCCAAAUUCUUCUCUAGCUGAUUCUCUCAACGACACUCCAAGAGUUGAAUAUAUGCAUAGCCACUUGAAUUCUUUAGCAAAUGCAAUAAGGGAAGGUGCAGAUGUGAGGGGCUACUUCGCUUGGUCAUUGCUCGACAACUUUGAAUGGUUAGAAGGGUAUACAAAAAGAUUUGGAUUGCAUUAUGUCAAUUUUACCAAUCUCGAGAGAACUCCAAAAUUAUCAGCCACUCGGUGUAAGGAGCUCAUGUCUAAUUUUCAAGGACAGAUAGCAAGAUAUACAGCAUAAAGAACACUAGAGUGAAACAAAGCAUUCUAUUCUGCACUCAAAAUAUAAUUAUUCAGGCUUAUCUCUUUCUUUAUAUUCCAAAAAAUAGAGGUGUAUAAUUAUAUAAAUAAAACUGUAUUUUAGAGCUUAGUUUAACAGUUGUUUCAAUUACUACCUUUUACAUACA